CUCCCCGGUUGUCCAAUCGCUACGCACUCUCUACGCUCCAACUCUACCUCUACCUGACAGUCGCGGCCGCCAUGAAGUCCUCCGGCGCCCGCCUCCGCCUGCUCGUGGCGGCUCUGACCCUGCUCUUUGUGGCCUCCACCGCUCAAGCGCCUGGCCCAGCUCCCGUCAAGCCCCCCACCGUAGCUCCUACCCCCGCUCCCACUGUCGCGCCCCCGACCCCGGCUCCCGCUCCCGGCCCCGCACCGUCCCCCAGCGUCCCUGUCCCCGCACCGUCGGCCCCGGCGCCGUCCCCCAACGUCCCUGUCCCCGCCCCCGUGGCCCCGGCGCCGUCGCCUAAGGCGCCCACCCCGGCACCAGAGGCGCCCGAGGCACCCGCCUCCUCCCCUCCCGCUCCCCCUCCAGCCAGCCAGACGCCGACCGAGGCGCCGAGCCCGCCGUCCACCAGCGGGGCCGCUGGGCUCUGCUCUGCGGCCUGGGUCUCCGCGGCCGUGGCCGUCGCCACCGUUGCGUAUGCGUUCUAAGGCCUGGGUCUCCACCGCUGUGGCCGUCACCCUCGGCCGUGGCUUCCUCACCUAUUUCUCCGUCUCUCUCUAUUUAGAUUCCUCGUGUUAAUUUGUGGCCAUUCUUGUUUUCUUUAUGGCUUUUAUGGUUCUCCUUCUGCAUGCUUUUCUUGAAUUCUUCUUCUUCUUCUUCUUCUUUAGGCAACUUUGUAAGAGUGGCUUCCAAUUAACCAGUGGGUGUUUGUCGA